AAUUGCGCCAGCUGAUUAGUCCCGCCGGUUGCUUAGCAAAUAAACGGAAGUGUAAACAAAAGUUUUCUUAUUAGUUUUUACUAAUCUAGUGCUAAAAUCUCAAAAAAAUCACCAUGGAGGGCAAGGAUAAUCGAUCGAAAGAUAAGCGUCACAAAAUGAAGUCACAUUAUCGCAAUAAAUCCAAAUAUUGUACCACCUCCUCAUCUUCGGGACAAGUGGAGACUGUACGUGGUUAUGUAGAUGUGGUGGACUCUAGCGAUGAGCGUUUUGUGGAUAGAAAUGAUUGGAUAAGAGGCGGCCAACCGGUGAAAGCAGCCAAAACAUAUCCCUUGGAAAUGGAUGAUUUCCCGGCCGGAGAUGAAGAAAAUGAACAAAUGAGAGCUGGGGACUUCAAUACCAUGUCCCAAUUACCCUCUGGCAUGGGGGGACAUUUUAAAUUUUCCUCUGAAAAACAAUGGGAACAGGCUGAAAAUUCAGAAUUUCUAGAUAACACCGAGGCCAGUGAAUAUUUCACUUUGAAUUUGAAACUUUUAAAUGUGGGUCUACAAACUGUCCCCUUUUACAAGCGCAUGGAUUAUUCAUCGUCCAUGUUUAGCAAGGACCAAUUGCAGAGCAUGGAAAAAGAGGCUGAGGCUGCCGAAAAGUUGUAUCAAAAUGUUCUAAAGGAACAUAUAGAAAAUCCACGCAUUAAAAUUAAUUCCGCCAGUCGUAAGACUAACUCAGCCAAGAGUCAAAAAUCACUGAAGGCAAAAUCUCCAGAAGCUCCCGAUGAAUUGGAUGAGUUGCUGAGUAUGACCUCAAAGGUUAGUGUAAAAUCGGGUGCAAAUACUCCGGCUUUAAAGCCAGCUACACCGGAUAAUAAAAGUGCAGCAGGAGGUAGUUCAACGGGAGCGGAAAAUAAAGAUGAUAUACAACAGUGGUUGGAUAAUGUGUUGGAUGAAUAAAAGGUAAUUAUGGCAAAGAAAAAUAAAAACAGAAACUAGUAGAAUUUGAAAUUGUAAUAAAAAAAGUAGAAGCUGAAA